AUGUACAACACUAUCCAUAUCGAUGAAAAGUGGUUCUACAUCACCAAGGCUUCUCACAGAUUCUAUUUAACUCCAGCAGAGGCUGAGCCACAUAGAAGUUGCAAGAGUAAAAAGUUCAUAAAAAAGGUGAUGUUCGUGUGUGCGGUGUGUCGACCAAUAUUUGGUGAUGAUGGGAGUGUUCUUUUUGACGGGAAGAUAGGAAUCUUCCCUUUAACAGAAAUGGUACCAGCAAAGAGGUCAAGCAAGAAUAGAGCAGCAGGGACACUUGAGCAAAAGCCAAUUGAGAGCAUAACACAACAAGUAAUGAGAGAGUGUUUCAUCAAGCAGCUUGUUCCAGCCAUUAAAGCCAAGUGGCCUUCAUUUGCAAGCAAGAUUAUCUUUAUUCAACAAGAUAAUGCUAGGCCACAUAUCAAGAAUGAGGACAGAGAGUUCAGAGACUGUGCAACAGCAGAUGGCUUUGACAUCAACAUCAUACAUCAGCCUCCAAACUCCCCUGACAAUAAUAUAAAUGACCUUGGAUGGUUUAGGGCUAUUCAAAGCCUGCAAACAGAGAGUGUUUACUUUGAUGUGGAUAGCCUAGUAAAUGCAGUGGUUUCUUCCUUUAAUGAGCUUGCACCAAUGACAUUGAAUAAGGUUUUCCUAAGUUUGCAGGGUUGCAUGAUAGAGAUCAUGAAGGUUAAGGGGCAGAACUGCUACAAACUUCCACACAUGAAGAAGGAUGCACUAUUAAGACAACAACUUCUUCCUCAAUGUUUGGAAGUUCCAACAGACCUGGUGAAAGAGACCAUAGCCUAUCUACGGGAAAAAGGGGAAGUGGAAGGCAUUGAAGAGCUCGAACAUCGUUUAGGUAUUCACCAAGCAACAGUUGAAGGCAUUGAACAACAAUUCAAUGCCUUAAUGUUGCUUGAAUAG